AUGUUGUGCGCAACAGUCUCUGGCGAACCCCCGCAAGACCCAGUCAUCUCACCAAAAAGCGGCAACAUCUUCGAGCGGCGCCUGAUCGAGAACUACCUACAAGAAAACGGCAAAGAUCCGAUAACGAACGAUGAACUUUCCGCUGCCGAUCUCAUCACUAUCAAAUCUAACAUAACAGUCAAACCUCGCCCUCCUACACUCACCUCAAUACCUUCCUUGCUCUCUGUCUUUCAAAACGAAUGGGAAGCCAUCGCACUAGAAACCUUCACCCUCAGACAACAUCUCACCGAAGUCAGACAGGAGCUAAGUAAUGCGCUUUACGAGAAUGAUGCCGCAAAGCGAGUUGUUGCGCGGUUACAAAAAGAAAGAGACGAGGCGAGAGAUGCGUUGGCGAAAGUGCAAGUCAGCACAGGUGCACGGCCAGUGAAUGGGGAGCAGAUGGAGAUCGACGGGCAAGAGCUCAAUCCGAAGCUCGUGAAGAAAGUGGAGGCGACACAGGAGAAGCUUUCGAAGACAAGACGAAAACGACCAGUUCCUGAUGGGUGGGCCCUGGACAGAGAUAUCGAAUCCUUCGCUCCUGCUACAACUUCGGAAGCGCUGUUCCCUAAUGCGCGAAGCAUGGCAAUCGAUACUGAAGGAGAUCUGGUUUUGUCAGGGGGCAGUAAAGCUGCUGGAAUCUUCGCAAUGUCUCAAAAUAAGCUUGAACAAGACUUCGACGUGGAUUCGCCAGUUACCGCCGUGCUAUUGGCUGGAUCGAAACCAAUUUUCGCUACAGAACAAGGCACAGUGACAAUAUUUGACGAGGGAAAGAGGCGAACCAAUGUGGAUGCACAUAGCGGGCAAGCUGCGGCUUUAGCACUGCAUCCCAGUGGUGAUAUUAUGGCUUCUGUGGGAACAGAUAAGUCUUAUGUUUUCUACGAUCUGGCGACAGGCUCGAAAGCGUUGCGUGUAGCAACCGACACAGCUUUGACGAGCGCUCAAUUCCAUCCGGAUGGCCACCUGUUCGCAGCGGGCGGGGUCGACGGUCAGAUCAAGAUUUACGAUACAAAGACCGGAGCAAAUGCCGCGAACUUCGAGGAAAACGGACCUAUUGGGGCCUUGGACUUCUCGGAGAACGGGACUUGGCUUGCGGCGGUGGUCAAAGGGUCUCAGCACGUCUCCGUGUGGGAUCUCAGGAAAUCUUCGAAGAUCCAGGAAUUGGAUAUGGGCGGACCAGUGGUGACUUUACGGUGGGAUUAUACGGGACAAUUUUUGGCUGCUGGCGGGCCUGGCGGGCUGACGGUGCAGUCAUUCAACAAGGGUAAGAAAGAAUGGAGUCAGUUGUUGGCAACGGCAGUGCCUGCUGCAGCGUUGGCAUGGGGGCCUCAAGCGCGAAGUCUGGUGGUGGUGAAUGCUGAGGGUGUGUUCACGGUUUUGCGGGCGGGGUGA